AGAAGAUGUUGGUCAAAUGUAAAAAAACAAGCAUAUAUAUUUACCCUGAAAAAUAACCCAACUCUAAAACAACUUAACCUUAACCCUCUGUCGAUCGCUAAAUUCUUUUACCAAAAUUUAGGAGAAAGAGGGGUCGAACAGCCUUUUAUCCAUCCCGCACUUUACCUAACUUACCGAGAAUUCUUAAAAAAAGACCACAUUAGUCUCUUUAAAGAAGAAUUUGAAGUUCCUGAUAUUACCAAUGAAAUGGUUAUUCACCAUUUAGAAAAUAUUUGUCAUCGUUAUCAGCGAAAAUACAAAAAUGGGGAAACCGAAUUAUUUACUUGUGAUUUACAAUUUAAGGCUAACAAAUUAGCUGAAAAAAACAAAGUCCGUGGCAUGUUAAGCAGAAUACUAAAAAAAUUUACGGAAUAUUCAGCUUAUACCUUGGAGCAACUAAAAGAGAAUGACCGGCAUUUCCGCUUUAUCUCUAAUGAAAGACAAAAAGAGUUAGUUAUUGAGAAAAUUAAUUUUGAACAUGCUCGUCAUCCUAAUUUAAAGAAAAAAGAUCUUAGUAAACUUGAUUUGGAACUAAAAAACCGAGUAAGAGAAAACAAAAUAAGCGAGGGGGAAGUUUUUCAGGUCUUAGAAAAACCUAGUAAGUUUGAAGUAAUUAACCGCUGUGAAAAAAUGGAUUUAAAAAAUCUAACUAAAGAAGAUUGA